CAAAAUGGCUGCCCCCAGGUGGUACUGCGCUGGGCUUGUUCGGGCCUUGUUGGGGGUCCGGCAGGUGGGUUCGCAUGCAGGGAGGGAAUGGCUUGCUCCGCCCGGCUGUCUUCUAGGUAGCCAGGCGAGGUGCGUGUCCUGUGUCGUGGGCGGCACUUUCUCUGGUCCCCUCCUGGCCUCGGCCUCUAGUCGUUAUGGUCAGGACUCCGCCUUGGACCGUAUCCUUGGAUUUCCUCAGCCUGACAGUUCGUUGGUUCCGAGCGUCCCCGCUGUGUCGGUGCACAGAGAUGAGCAGAAUCUACUCUUGGGGCAUACUCCUGACAUGCCUGAGAAUUCACGGGUCCUCCGCGUGGUCCUCCUGGGAGCCCCAAAUGCAGGGAAGUCAACACUUUCCAAUCAGCUGCUGGGCCGUAAAGUGUUUCCUGUUUCAAAGAAGGUGCACACUACUCGAUGUCAAGCUCUGGGGGUCAUCACAGAGAAGGAGACCCAAGUGAUUCUGCUUGACACACCUGGCAUCAUCAGUCCUGUUAAACAGAAGAGGCACCAUCUGGAGCGCUCUUUGCUGGAAGAUCCAUGGACGAGCAUGGAAUCUGCUGAUCUUGUUGUAGUUCUUGUGGAUGUGUCAGACAAGUGGACCAGGAGUCGGCUCAGUCCCCAGGUGCUGCAGUGCUUGACCAAGUUCUCUCAGGUCCCUAGCAUCCUCAUCUUAAACAAGGUAGAUUGCCUGAAGCAGAAGUCAGUUCUCCUGGAGCUGACAGCAACCCUCACUGAAGGUGUUGUCAAUGGCAAGAAGCUUAAUGUCAAGCAGGCCUUGCGCUCACGCCCCGGCACCCACUGCCCUGGCCCUGAAACUGAGGGCCCAAAUGCACACUCAGUGAGGAACCCUCAGAGAAUUGGCUGGCCCUACUUCCAGGAGAUCUUCAUGUUAUCAGCACUAAACAACAAGGAUGUGAACACAUUGAAGCAAUACCUUCUGACACAGGCCCAGCCAGGACCCUGGGAGUUCCACAGUGGUGUGCUCACCAGCCAGACACCCGAAGAGAUCUGUGCCAAUAAGAUCAGAGAGAAGCUCUUAGAGUACCUGCCUGAGGAGGUGCCCUACGGUGUGCAGCAGAAGACAGUGAUAUGGGAGGAAGGACCAAGUGGGGAGCUACUGAUCCAACAGAACCUUCUGGUGCCCAAAGAAUCUCAUGUGAGGAUCCUGAUUGGUCAGAAGGGCCUCUUGAUCUCCCAGAUUGCACAGGAGGUGGGCCGGGACCUCAUGGACAUCUUCCACUGUGACGUUCUCAUCCGCCUCUCUGUGAAACUCCUCAAAUGACCAUCCUCUGUUGCUCUCCCAGUGGAUCCCUGCUCAAGCUGCUGGCAGUCACUGACUAGAACUAUCCCUGUCAGAGGGGUCUGCAGGACUGGGAAGGGCCAUGGACACUGACUGGUUUCCAUUGUGAGGGACCCAUGGCUCCAGCUGCAUAUGUAACAGAAGAUGGCCUAGUCGGUUGGUCAUCAAUGGGAGGAAAGGCCCUUGGUCCUGUGAAGGUCCUGUGCCAGCCAGUCUGGCAUUGCCGAGUCUGCACAGCGCUUGCCCAACCAUGUUUCCAGUGGAGGAGAGAAGCUGCCUUAGCUUGGUUCUCAGGGAGUUCCUCUGCCUAGGGUCUCAGUCAGUUAUAUAGGAUACGUGCUGAACUGCAUCCUAGAACCCAUGGCUCUAAGUCAUAUCCCACCCCGCUAGCAUUGGAACCAAACUCUUGCCCUGAGUUUCCAAUUGUUGGUAGGAACACAAUUUUUCUCUUCUCCCCCAAGUUCCUCACCUUGAAGUUGUAUAAGGACCCGUGUUUCCUUUUUUUGGUUUUAUAAGACAGGGUUUGUUGUUGUUGUUGUUGUUGUUGUAGCAGCCCUGGCUGUCCU